AUGCAGCAUGGGAUGUGCCGGUUCGUAAAAUCUUAUUCUCCCAACAACCACGCUGAGCUCACCAAUGCACAGAACAUGGUCCUGGCCCGGCGCACACUCUCCCAUUACGCUUUAAUUUACAUGGACAACAUUGGGAACGUCCGAGUCGAAGAGUCCCCUUCCGUUCGGGAACUGAAUCAGAGCUUCUUUACUCCGGAACUGCGCGAAAAAUUUCUGAAAGUUGUCAGAGAGAAGGCCAAUGCCCGGACAAUGCCCAUUGGCCCUCAUCGUGCCAUCGUUCACGAUGAGGAUGUAACUUUCCCGACUUCAAAUUUCUCCUUUGACUACACAGCCAAAUUGUCCAACCACGACGGAGACCUGGGGGGCUGGCCGCCAGUUCGCCAGGUCAAAAGACGCAGAGGCGAUUCGGCCUUGGAUGUGCAGUAUAUCGAUGGUAUUCCUGACGGCCCUGAAGAAGCGUCAAUGUAUCCCACGGUGGACCGGAUCCCGCUGGAGAUCGGUGACGAGGAGAAGGUCAAAGCCUACUACGAAAACGCGUUCAAGCACUUCCAGCAACUGAACUGUCGACAAAUGGCCAAGGCCUUUAUCAAAUUUAUUGAACCCCGAAAACAGGUAAAACAUCCGUACAAUGGUGGCCGACCCCCGCCAGGCGCAGCACCCGGUGAGAAGGGCGACCCUGAGAAAACUAAGCCUGAGUGGUGGCCCGAGGGGGUUGUCCACAAAGAGCCUGAUCAUCUGAAAAAAGACCAGCGCCUGCGCCUCCUGGUCCACAUCAUUCGGAACCUUGGGAAAUACGGUAUCACGUCUGACAAGCUGAAGGAAGUUGCGUACGAUGCCAAAAGACAGAUCAAGCCUCCGGAACGGAUGGAGAUCUUGGUUGAGAUCUUCCGGGUCAGAAAGCUCGAAGAACGGUUAGAAAGACAAGAAGUCGAUCCAACCACGGUGAUCUACGUUGUCAACCGGGAUCCUGGUGCCAAAAACGAUAAGGACUCAGAUGGUUUUAGCGAUUCGGAGCCGCAAGGAGAUCAGGAUGACCGUGAGGACGUCGAGGAAGGACUUUUGACCCCCCUCUCAUCGUCGGCGCAGACCUCGGGGCCCCUCACAAUAUCUGUCGACCCUCUCAGCGCUCCGCAACAAGCCAGGUCGGUAGCGAUGGCCGGUGACCGAACUCAAAUGUUUCAAAUGCCUUCAACCCUCGGCUUCGAGGAUCAGGCACGACAAUCCCAUGCAUUCCAGUCCCCGCAGUCCGGUGCCAAGACGGAAUAUCAAGAUAGUUUCUCGCAGCCUCUAGCUCGCACACCCACGGGGAUGACAGUAAUCAGCCCUAGCAGCCAUCGGGGGUUCGAUUACGUGACGCAGCAGUCAUUUACUUCAUCCGCAUCAGAGGAACAGAUGCGGCCACUGAAUCAACCGGCAAUGCCGCCACAACAGUCUCCUACUCAGUUUAGUGGAUGGUCACCAUCCUUCCAGCAGAACAUGUUCAGUCCAAUGGACUAUAGCGGUGGAUCCAGCCGUACAGUCCAGCAGCAGAUGCCAUAUUCAUCAUACACGAUUUUCCCCACAACGCCUUCACAGGAGGUCCCUGCGACCCAUUCUCUUCCCGAUCUCCAUGGAGCACGAGCUCAGGCCCAGAUGGACGUGAUGGCAAUGAACGCUCCAUUCCAAAAUAGUUCUAUGACUCAUCCCCAUGCCGUCCCGCGCCAUGAUGCUAGCGCCGAAGCUUCGCUCGUGUAG